CAAAACAUUGACCAGCCACUCUUUCAACUGAAGCAAUGAAGCCCAAAGAAUUCAUAUAGCAAGAUGGAGAAAAUUAAAACAAUCAUUUAAUAAUCCGCCAUUGGAGAAGUGAUGAAGAACAUUUAUCGGCUCUUUCUGAAACUUGUCAUUUUUGUGACUCUUGGCUGUCUAUGGAUUUCUGUGCUACAGUGUACAGUUUUAAACAGCUGUCUAAAGUCAUGUGUAACUAAUCUGGGCAGGCAACUAGACACAGGCACGCCCUAUAAUCUGAGCGAACUGUGCAUUCAAGGAUGCCAUUUUUGGAGCUCUAUAGAUCAGGAAAACUGUGCUCUAAAGUGUAAUGAUACCUAUACCACUGUUUGUGAGAGAGAAUCAUGCGAGAUUGGGUGCAGUAGUGCGGAAGGUGCAUAUGAAGAGGAGGUGCUGGAAAAUGAAGACCUCCCUACGGCACCCUUUGCUUCUUCCAUUGGAAAUCAUAGUGUGACGUUAAGAUGGAAACCCGCCAAUAUCUCUGGAGUGAAAUAUGUCAUUCAGUGGAAGUACACACAACUUUCUGGAAGCUGGAAUUACAGUGAGGCUGUGUCUGAUCUCUCAUAUGUGGUGAAGUCUCUGCAUCCCUUUACUGAAUAUGUUUUUCGAGUGGUUUGGAUUUACACAGCCCAGCUGCAGCUGUAUUCUCCUCCAAGUCCCAGCUACAGGACUCAUCCUUAUGGAGUUCCUGAAACAGCUCCUUUUAUUAAAAAUAUCGAGAGCGCAAGUCCAGACACUGUGGAAGUCAGCUGGGCUCCACCCCAAUUCCCAGGAGGACCUGUUUUGGGUUAUAACUUAAGAUUGGUCAGCAGAAAUCAAAAAUUAGAUUCAGGGACACAGAGAACCAGUUUUCAGUUUUACUCUACUCUACCAAACACCACCUACAGGUUUUCUAUUGCAGCAGUAAAUGAAGUUGGCGAAGGACCAGAGGCAGAAUCUAGCAUCACUACUUCAUCCCCAGCAGUUCAAGAAGAGGAACAGUGGCUUUUUUUAUCCAGAAAAACUUCUCUAAGAAAGAGAUCACUAAAACAUGUGGUAGAUGAAGCACAUUGCCUUCAGUCAGAUGCUGUGCACAGUAAUAUUACAGGGAUAUCAGUUAAUAUCCACCAGCACACAGUAUAUUUCUCGGAAGGAACUUUCAUAUGGAUGAAGAAAGCUGUCAACAUGUCUGAUGUGUCUGAUCUCAGUGCUUUUUACAGAGGUCCAGGAUUAAUUUCUUCCAUCUCCAUAGAUUGGCUUUAUCAGAAAAUGUACUUCAUCAUGGAUGAACUGGUUUAUGUCUGUGAUUUAGAGAGCUGCUCAAACGUUAAGGAAAUUACUCCCUCCUCCAUUAUCGCACCUAAAAAAAUUGUGGUCGACUCAUAUAAUGGGUAUGUCUUUUAUCUCCUGAGAGAUGGCAUUUAUAGAGUAGACCUCCCCGUGUCACCGGGUCAGGACUCUGAAGCUGUGCGUGUUGUGGAAAGUUGCACACUAAAGGACUUUGCAGUAAAACCACAGGCCAAGAGAAUCAUUUUCUUCAACAACACUGCCCAAGGCUUCAUGUCCACAUUUCUGGAUGGUUCUGCUUCCUAUUUUGUCCUACCUCAAGUCCUCUUUGCUGAUGUGAAGAGCUUUGCUUGUGAAAACAAUGACUUCCUUGUCACCGAUGGAAAGGCUGUUUUCCACCAGGACUCCCUGUCUUUUUAUCAGUUCAUUGUGGGGUGUGAUCUGAGCCACAUCGAAGAAUUUGGGUUUGGUAACUUGGUCAUCUUUGGUUCGUCCACCCAGCCGCAUCCCUUGCCUGGCCGCCCACAGCAACUCUCAGUGCUUUUUGGCUCACACCAGGCCCUGGUUCAGUGGAAGUCACCUGACCUCGCCAUAGGAGCUAGCCCUGCUGCCUGGCAGAACUGGACAUAUGAAGUGAAAGUAUCAAAUCAAGACUUUCCUGAAAUCACUCACGUUUUCUCUAACAUUAGUGGGUCCAUGCUUAAUGUCCCAGAGCUGCAGAGUGCUACAAAAUACAGUGUUUCUGUAAGAGCAAGUUCUCCCAAAGGGCCAGGCCCUUGGUCAGAACCCUCAGUGGGUACUACCCUGAUGCCAGCCACAGAGCCACCAUUUAUAAUGGCUGUGAAAGAAGAUGGGCUCUGGAGUAAACAGUUGAAUAGUUUUGGCCCUGGAGAAUUCUUAUCCUCUGAUAUAGGAAAUGUGUCAGACAUGGAUUGGUAUAACAACAGCCUCUACUACAGUGAUGCAAAAGGUGAUGUUUAUGUAUGGCUACUGAAUGGCACGGAGAUCUCAGAGAACCACCACAUACCCAAUAUUGCAGGAGCAGGGGCAUUAGCUUUUGAAUGGCUGGGUCACUUUCUCUACUGGGCUGGAAAGACAUAUGUGAUACAAAGGCAAUCUUUGCUGACAGGGCAUGCAGACAUUGUGACUCAUGUGAAGUUACUGGUGAAUGACAUGGUUGUGGAUUCAGUUGGAGGAUAUCUCUAUUGGACUACACUGUACUCAGUUGAAAGCACCCGACUAAAUGGGGAAAGUCCUCUGGUACUACAAUCACAGCCGUGGUUUUCUGGGAAAAAGGUAAUUGCUCUAACUUUAGACCUCAGUGAUGAGCUUCUGUAUUGGUUGGUUCAAGACAGUCAAUGCAUUCAUCUAUACACUGCUGUUCUGCGGGGCCAAAGCAGCAUUGGUGACACCGCCAUCACAGAAUUUGCAGCUUGGAGUACUUCAGAAAUUUCCCAGAACACACUGAUGUAUUACAGUGGCCGACUAUUCUGGAUCAAUGGCUUUAGGAUUAUCACAGCUCAAGAAAUAAGUCAGAGAACUAGUGUCUCUGUUUUGGAACCAGCCAAAUUUAAUCAGUUCACAAUUAUCCAGACAUCCCUCAAACCUCUACCAGGGAACUUUUCCUUUACCCCUAAGGUUAUUCCAGAUUCUGUUCAGAAGUCUUCCUUUAGGAUUCAAGGCGAUGCUCCAAGUUUUCAAAUCCUGUGGGAUGCUCCCCCACCAGUAGAUUGGGGUGUAAUUUUCUACAGUGUGGAAUUUAGUGCUUGUUCUAAGUUUCUGGCUAGUGGACAACACCCUUUGCCUGCAUUUACUGUGGAAGGGUUGGAACCCUACACCUUGUUUAAUCUUUCUGUCACUCCCUAUACCUACUGGGGGAAGGGUCCCAAAACAUCUUUAUCACUUCGGACACCUGAAACAGUUCCGUCAGCACCAGAGAAUCCUAGAAUAUUUAUAUUGCCAAGUGGAAAAUACAGCCAUAAGAGUGAAACUGUCAAGGUGGAAUUUAGAUGGAAUAAACCUAAGCAUGAAAAUGGUCUGCUAACAAGAUUUGAAAUUUUCUAUCAAAUAUCCAAUCAAAGCAACAUAAACAAGACAUAUGAAGACUGGAUUGCUGUCACUGUCACUCCUUCAGAGUUUUCUUUUCGACUUGAGGACUUAAAUCCUAGGCACACUGUUGCCUUCAAGGUUCGAGUCUUCACAUCCAAAGGACCUGGACCAUUUUCUGACAUAGCAAAAUCCCAAACAUCAGAAAUCAACCCAUUUCCAUACCUCAUGACUCUUUUUAGCAACAAGAUCGUUUUGUUAGAUAUGGAUCAGAAUCAAGCCGUAUGGACAUUUUUGGCAGAAAGGGAAAUCAGUGCUAUGGGGUACACAGCUGAUAAUGCCAUGGGAUAUUACACUCAAGGAGACUCACUCUUCAUUCUGAACAUGCGUGAUAAGUCCAGCUCUGAGAUUUUCCGAAAUGCGCUAAUUCAUGAUAGUGUCAGUAUUGCAAUUGACUGGAUUUCAAGGCACUUAUACUUUAUGCUGAAAGAAUCACAGAAUGGGAUGCAAGUACUUGACGUUGAUCUUGAACUCAAGGUGAAAUACCCCAGGAUGCUGAAACUUUGUAGCAGAAAUUCAACAAUAAUUUCCUUUUCUGUAUAUCCCUUUUUAAGUCGCCUGUAUUGGACAGAAGUUUCCAAUUUUGGCUGCCAGAUGUCUUACUACAGUAUCAGCAAUCAGACUCUGCAUCACAUUCUGCCACCCGUCACCCCACACCAUGCAACUGGAGAGAACCUACGUUCAUGUAAUGUGAGUGAGUUUGAGUUAAGCGGAGAAAUGACUCUUGAUACUUCUGAUAUAAAGAAACCACGGAUUUACUUUGUGAAAGGGAAAGAAAUCUGGAUCACGGACCUGGAAGGAUAUCAGUGUUGGCAGGUUGUCGUGGAGCCUACUUUGCUUGGAAGAACACUUACGAGCUUAACUGUAGAUGGGGUAUUUUUAUACUGGAUUGCCACAGCACAGGACAGCGCACAGAUUUAUCAAGCAAGGAAAAGCAGUGGAACCAUCCUCUCCCAAGUGAAAGCCUUACAGAGUAAGCAGAUCUUGGCUUACAGUUCAGUUCUGCAGUCUUUUCCAGAGAAAGCAUUUUUGUCGGUAGCUCUGGACAUUGCAGAGCCAGCUAUACUCAACAGCACAAACACCAGUCUAACAAUAAAAUUACCACCUGCUAGGACAAACCUUACAUGGCAUGGCAUCACCAGUCCUACACCAACGUAUCUGGUCUAUUACAAAGAAAUUAAUGAUGGGAAAAACAGCUCUGGUCUGAAAUACAGAAUGCUGGAAUUUCAGGAGAGUAUAGCCCUUGUGGAAGGCUUACAACCAUUUUCAACAUAUAUAAUACAGAUAGCUGUAAAGAAUUAUUAUUCAGAUCCUAUGGAACAAUUGCCUCUGGGAAAAGAGAUCUGGGGAAAAACUAAAAACGGAGUACCAGAGGCUGUUUGUCUCAUUAACACAACUGUGCAGUCAGAUACCAGCCUCGUUAUAUCCUGGAGAGAAUCUCCUAAGCCAAAUGGACCUAAAGAAUCAAUCCGCUAUCAGGUAGCAGUCUCACAUCUGACUCUAAUUCCUGAGACUCCUCUGAGACAAAGUGAAUAUCCAAAUGGAAGACUCACUCUUCUUAUUAAAGGACUGUCUGGUGGAAAAUUAUAUAUGUUAAAGGUUCUGGCUUGUCACUCUGAAGAACUGUGGUGUGCUGAGAGUCAGCCUGUCACUGUCGAAACAUUUGACACACCAGAGAAACCUUAUGCCUUGGUUCCAGAGAACACUAGUUUGCAACUAGGUUGGAAGGCUCCAUCUAAUGUCAACCUCAUCAGAUACUGGUUUGAACUCCAGAAGGGGAGGUACAACGAGUUUUGCCAUGUUAAAGCUUCAUGCAGCCAAGGCCCUAUUUCUGUCUGUACUAUCACAGAACUACAGCCUUCUACUUCCUAUGGUGUUCGAGUGGUGGUGGUUUAUAGGACAGGAGAGAAUAGCACCUCACUUCCAGAAAGUUUUAAGACGAAAGCUGGAGUCCCAAGUAAACCAGGCAUUCCAAAAUUAUUAGUAGGGAAUAAGAAUUCAAUACAGUGGGAAAGAGCUGAAGAUAAUGGAAGCCCACUUCUGUACUACAUCCUUGAGUUCAGAAAGGCUACUUCAAAUGAAUCACAGAACCACAAUGUAAUAUGGAAGAUAGCAUUUAAUGGGAGCUGCAGUAGCAUUUGCACAUGGAAGUCAACCAGCAUGAAAGGAACAUUUCAGUUUAGAGUGGUUGCUACUAAUAGUCUGGGAUUUGGUGAAUAUAGUGAAAUCAGUGAGAAUAUUACACUAGAUGGAGAUGGAUUUUGGAUACCACAAACAAGCUUUAUGCUUACUAUUUUAAUUGGAGUAUCUUUGGUUGUUAUGAUCCCAUUGAUUGUUGUCUGGCACAGAAGAAUAAAGAAAAAAACAGCUCCAAAAGAAGGACUGACAGUUUUCAUAAACGAAGACAAGGAGUUGAAUGAACUACGAGGCCGGGCAGCUGGAGUAGGACUGGCUAAUGCCUGCUAUGCAGUACAUACUCUUCCAACCCAAGAGGAGAUUGAAAGCCUUCCUGUCUUCCCUCGUGAAAAACUGACUCUACGUCUGUUGUUGGGAAGUGGAGCCUUUGGAGAAGUGUAUGAAGGAACAGCAAUAGACAUCUUAGGAGUGGGGAGUGGAGAAACCAAAGUAGCAGUGAAGACUCUGAAGAAGGGCUCCACGGACCAGGAGAAAAUUGAAUUCUUGAAGGAGGCACAUUUGAUGAGCAAGUUUAAUCAUCCUAACAUUCUGAAGCAGCUUGGAGUUUGUCUGCUGAAUGAACCCCAGUACAUUAUCUUGGAACUGAUGGAAGGAGGAGAUCUUCUUACCUACUUGCGAAAAGCCCGGAUGACAAAGUUUCAUGGUCCUUUACUUACCUUGACUGACCUUGUAGACCUGUGUGUAGACAUUUCAAAAGGCUGUGUCUACUUGGAGCAGUUGCACUUCAUUCACAGGGAUCUGGCAGCUCGGAAUUGUCUUGUCUCUGUGAAAGAUUAUAGCAGUCCAUCACGGAUAGUGAAGAUUGGAGAUUUUGGACUUGCAAGGGACGUCUACAAAAAUGAUUAUUAUAGGAAGAGAGGGGAGGGCCUACUCCCUGUCCGGUGGAUGGCUCCAGAAAGUUUGGUGGAUGGGAUCUUCACUACUCAGUCUGAUGUUUGGUCUUUUGGAAUUCUGACUUGGGAGAUUUUAACGCUUGGGCAUCAGCCUUAUCCAGCUCAUUCCAACCUUGAUGUAUUAAAUUAUGUGCAAACAGGAGGGAGAUUAGAGCCACCAAGAAAUUGUCCUGAUGACCUGUGGAAUUUAAUGACCCAUUGCUGGGCUCAAGAACCUGACCAAAGGCCGACUUUCCAUAGAAUUCAAGACCAGCUUCAGCUAUUCAGAAAUGUUUCCUUAAAUAGCCUGUCUCAAAGCAGACAAGAAGAAAGUAUCACUGGAGUGAUAAAUGAAGGCUUUGAAGAUGAAGAUGGCAACAUGACCUGCUUGAAUUCAGAUGGUGUUACAUCAGUUGCUUUAAUGGAAACAAAGAACCAAGAAGGGCUAAACUAUAUGGUACUUGUACCAGAAUCCACUCACAGUGAAGAAAAUCCCAGGGGUCCUAAAGAUAUUAAGGAUUCUGAAUCUUAUGGCCUGGGGAAAGAAGGGAAAGAACUGCAGGCAGGCAAAGAUUCCUUCCGCUCAAAAAAAAUGGCUCACCGACCGCCUGGUGAUUCUGAAGGCCUGAACUACGCCUGUCUCACUCACAGUGAAUAUGGAGAUGGGUCUGAUUAGUAACUCUGUUGGGAAAUAGAGUUGAGGUAAACACUCCCUUGAAGUAGUUACGGAAAGAAAAUUUUGUCAGAAUGACAUGCGAUGGUCUAUGAUUAUGAUUUAACACUGAAAAGUGACUAAACCCCUGCUUCCAAAAGCUGUUCAGUUACAGUUGUGACAGUCCACACAACGACUCAGAGUAAAACCUUCAUCAGAAUUCUAAGGUGAACUUAAAAGAAUUUGAAAUCGCUAGGAAGAUUCUCAUCUAGAAGGGAAACUGCUUUUCUCCCACAGGGCCCCUCGGGCUAUUGUCUGCCUUUCAGUCUGUUUGGCAUAGAAACUUCUGGAUUGGCUUAUUAAUGAUAAAAUAGCUAGGCUCAGAGACCUGAUGGAAGGUUCUGGUGACUAAGCUAUAUAGGUUAUCUGGAAAGAAGCAUAUAGACAUGAAUUGGAAUGUAUAUGAAGGUAUAUGUAUAUGGAAAUGACUAAAUAGCUCUAUAUAAAUAGAAGCCAGCUUCUAUUUCACAUGAGAAGUAUCUAGAAGAUUAUUUCUCUAUAAAUAUUGUCUUUAAUGACUACUCUAAAAUAUUUUAUAUUUUGAGUCUUACAACAGUAGCAUUAGUCACAAUGAAAAUGGGAUCCUGUCUAGUGAAAUAAGCCAGAAGGAGAAAUAUGCAUCUUGGAUAGUCUCACUUAUAAAUGAUACUGAAGAAACAAAGAAGGAAAUACAGGGUGAAACUCUAAGUAGUUAUGAUCUUUGCAGCAGGCCCAAGAACUCUAACAGGAGAAGGCAGGAUGGGGGUUGAAAAGAUGCGGGUUCAUAGUGUCCUGUGAUGGAGAAAGAUGACAAGUUGGUGAAGGGUGAGGUGUGCAGACAGCUAUGAUGGGGAGAUAAGAAACAGUAUAUAUGUGAUAAUAAAAUCUUGUAAAUCAACAUUCCCUCAAUAAAGUGAUCUAAUAAAAAAAAAGGACCAUAUGAAAAUCUCUAAGUCCAAAAGUUUAGCAUUCUAUAUUUAGGUGGUAUAAAAAUUACUCUGUAACUUGUACACUGGUAGAAGUCAGCUAGUAUAAACAUUAUUUUGAUUUGCUAUGUUUAUUUUAUAUAUCAUUAAGAUUUUUUAGUAUCAAAUUAUUUUGAAUUAAA